AUGGAUUUCCGCGGUCGCGUUGCUAUUAUCACGGGCGCUGGGGGCGGCCUUGGUAAGGCGUAUGCCUUAUAUCUGGCAUCCCUGGGCGCUGCCAUUGUCGUCAAUGACCUUGGUGGCUCAGUAACUGGGGAUCGUCUUGCUUCUGACAAAGACAGUCCUGCCGAUCUUGUCGUGGCACAAAUCAGGGCCUCCGGGGGCAUGGCCAUUGCUGAUAAGCAUUCCGUUUCGAGCGAGGCAGAAGGCAUUAUUCAAACAGCACUGUCAAACUUUGGACGCAUCGAUAUUGUCAUUAAUAAUGCCGGCAUCAUUAGAGACAAGAGCUUUCUUAAGCUUACCGAUUCAGACUGGGACUCCGUUAUUGAUGUGCAUUUGUAUGGCUCUUUUGCAGUAACUAGAGCCGCCUGGCCCCAUUUGAUGCAUCAACGAUUCGGUAGAAUCAUCAUGACGGCAUCUGCUGCUGGCUUGUACGGAAAUUUUGGCCAGGCAAACUAUUCUGCUGCCAAAAUGGCACUUAUCGGCUUUGCUAAAAGCCUUGCACUUGAGGGCUCAAAAUAUAAUGUCACUUGUAAUGUCCUUGCUCCUCUUGCUGCUACAAGAAUUUCGGAGACCGCGUUCCCUCAAGAGGUUUUAAACGUCCUAAAACCAGAGGCUUUAGCCCCUCUGGUUGCCUAUUUGGUCCAUGAAAAAACAACACACGAGAAUGGAUCCGUUUUUGAAUCUGCUGGUGGGUGUAUAACAAAGCUACGAUAUCAAAGGUCUGCUGGAAUUCUGAUCAAUGCCAGCGAGAAGAACCCCACACCUGUUUCUGACCUCUUGCUCAACUUUAAGAAAAUUGAAGACUUUUCUGCUGAUCCCACAUAUCCGUCUUCGAUCACGGACACUCCCUGGAUGAAUCUUAUCGAAAAAAGCUCAAAAGCUACCACCAAGGCUAGUGGAAAAAGCCAUGAUGAUAAAAUCUUAUCUGGACAAGUGAUUGUUGUAACGGGAGCAGGAGGGGGGCUUGGAAAGGCAUAUGCGCUUCUUUUAUCAUCUCUUGGAGCAUCUGUUCUUGUCAAUGACCUCAGUGAAAAAGCGGCGUCAAAUGUUGUUUCCCAAAUUCAAGCUAAAGGGGGCGUUGCAGAGGCAAAUUUCAGCAAUGUUGUCACCCAAGGCAAAGAAAUUGUAGACCACGCAAUGCGUAGAUUUGGGCGGCUUGAUGCAAUCGUUAAUAAUGCCGGCAUUUUGAGAGACAAGUCUUUUUUGAAGCAGAGUGCGGAAACCUGGAAAGUUGUGAUCGAUGUGCAUUUACGAGGAACUUAUUGCCUUUGUCACGCCGCUUGGCCCGUUUUUAUGAAACAAAAUCAUGGUCGUAUCAUCAAUACCACGAGUGCUGUGGGGUUGUAUGGAAAUUUCGGUCAGUCAAAUUAUGCUGCAGCAAAGGCUGGCAUCAUCGGAUUGUCAAAGACCCUUGCUAUUGAAGGGGCAAGGCAUAAUAUCAAGGUCAACGUUAUUGCCCCAAAUGCAGGGACCGCAAUGACGGCUACUGUGAUGCCCAAUGAGAUGGUUGAGAUUCUGAAGCCCUCCUAUGUGGCCCCAUUGGUUGCCAUUUUAGCCUCCAAGGAGCACUGCUCCACAAGCGGCGCUGUUUUUGAAGCGGGAUCUGGUUGGUUUUCCAUGGUUCGUCUAGAAAGAAGCAAAGGAGUAAUGAUGAAUCCCGGAUUUGGACUUGCCGAUAUUUCGAGCGCAUGGCCCCAGAUUACAAAAUUUGGCGAUCAGAACUCUAUCUUUCCAUCUACUAUCCAGGGGUCCAUUGAACCAAUAUUGGCGGCGAUUCAGUCGAAAACUGCUGCUACUGCUGGCCAAUCAUCUGGGGACGAGACUGUCUUUUCUUACACUGAAAAGGAUGUUAUUCUUUAUGCAUUGGGAAUAGGGUUCAAUGCACAGCAACUGAACUGGGUCUACGAAAGAGAUAGCAAUUUUAGCGUCUUUCCUACUUUUGGGGUAAUUCCUGGAUUAUCUGCUCUAUUUACUAAAGACGGAACUGGACCAUCCAGUUGGGCGGAUGCCAUUCCCAAGUUCAACUUGAUGUCUCUGCUUCAUGGAGAACAAAAACUUGAAAUUUUCAAUCCCAUCCCAGUCAAGGCUACAUUGGUCUCGCAUGUUUCCAUUGUCAGCAUUGCUCAAAAGGGUCCAAAUGCUCUUAUCGUACUGCGAGUGGAAAGUAAAGAAAGGUCUUCUGGGAAGCUUAUAUUUGCAAACGAGUCGACCUUAUUUAUUAGAGGCAUCAAGCUCUCGUCUCAGCAAGUUAAGGUUGCAAAAGGAAUUCCAGAAAAAUUGCCUUUCCAGUCGGAUGCAAUUAAAAAAACCAUCAAAAAAUCGUCCACCACUGCGGAAGGACAAGCAGCUCUUUAUAGAUUGUGUGGAGAUUUGAAUCCACUUCAUAUUGACCCAUCAAUGGCCGCUAUGGGUGGGUUUAAGAAACCCAUUUUACAUGGGCUAUGCACUUUUGGAAUUUCCGCACGCCAAAUAGUUGAGGCGUUGGGUGGUCCCAACGCUGUUUGUCUAAACAUGAUAAAGGGAAGAUUUUCUCGCCCCGUAUAUCCAGGAGAAACGCUCGUCAACAAUGUUCAAAUAAGGGCUGAAGAAGGAAAUCAGAUUCACGUCACUUUUGAUGUCUGCACAUCCACCGAUUCGGCACCUGUCUUGAGCAAUGGGUAUGCAAUUUUAACGAGCUCUGCAGCAAACCAGCCACAACCAUCACCAUCCCAGAAUGCCAAAAAUAAGCCUUUAGAAACGGUUUCCAAAAUGGUGGAAGGAUGGAACCUAUUGCCUGCGGCCGAAAAAGACGAACUUGUUGAAAAGUUUAACUCGGUCAUUAAGUUUGACAUUGAAGCAACUGAGUCGGUUUGGUUUAUCCUUAAGAAGGUCGAUGGCAUCCCAGUUGGUGUGCAAACCAAUCUUAAGGGGGCGGGCUCGGUGAAGCCGGAUCUCUCGCUAAAAUUGAGCGAGGACACGCUUUCUGCCCUCUUUGCUGGAUCGCUUUCACCCCAACAAGCCUUUCUAAAGGGCAAGGUCAAGCUUACUGGAAAAAUGGGUCUUGCAAUGAAUCUGGAGGUUAUUCUCAAAAAGUUGAAGAAAACCGCGUCAAGCAAAUUGUAG